AUGGCAUAUCGGAAAGUGCGUGCUGGCCACGGUUCUCUCCGUGUACGAGAUCUGGAGAGUGAGGAGCUUCACACAGCUUCCCUGGAACUGGAAUGGGACAUGGAGAAGGAGCUGGAAGAACUGGGUCUGGAUCGCUUCCAGCUGGAGUGUGUGGAGCAUCAACCUGUGAGCAGCUCUUCUGGCGGGGGCAUGGACCCAGACCUGGGACCAAUUCAACCCUCCGUCUCCCCCCACGGACGUUUUGAGCGUCUCCAGGAGGACCCUAAUUACGUUUCUCGUUUUAGCCGGUCGGUACCCAAGGGCCAGAGACGGAAUGGGACCUGCCUCGCCAAAUAUUUGCUAGCAGGGAUGGGAGUGUUUGCUCUGGGGCUGCUGAUUGGACGAUACGCCUUCAGCAAGGAGCAAGUAAAGGUAGAGCCAAGUGCAGACACAGACGUGCUGGAGAAGAUUGUUCAGGGAAUCACAGCAGAGAAGAUACAAGCACUGCAGAGGGACUUUGACAGCUUGUCUGAUCUGACAGAAGAGUCCAAGGUCAGGUACAUUGCUCAGCGGUGGGACGAGCUGGGAUUAAAAGACAUCCAGGUGACCAAUCACACGGCUCUUCUGAGCAAUCCUGGACCAGCCCUCAGCACGAUCAUCGAUAAGAGCGGAAACCAAUGUUACCUGCCUAGCGGAGUGAGGUGUGACCAGCCGUUUGCAUCCAUGACUGACCCCUUUGCCUUUGCAGCCUAUUCGGCUGUGGGAAAUCUAGUGCUCUCUCUUCUGGCAGAGGUGGGGUUCGGUGGCUCUCUUCUCUAUGUGGAUCCCUGUGAUGCCCCAUUUGGAAAUAAAACCUUUGGGGUGACCCUGAACCCAGGUGGGAACCCGUUUUCUGAAGAAAAUGCCAGAAGUGCUGGAAGAGACAGUCGCCACAACUUGACAUCAUUGCUGGUUCAGCCCAUCUCUGCCUCCUUAGCGAAAAUGUUACUCUCUGCCCCCGCCAUGGGGCAGGGAAGACCCUGCAUCCCUAUGGCCAUGCCCUCUGCCUCAGCAAGAAAAAUCAUAAACCUCACCAUUGAAAACCAGGCAUCCUUCAAGACGGUGCACAAUGUUAUUGGAUAUCUCAAAGGCAAGACCAAUCCAGAUCGAUAUGUACUGGUUGGCAGUCGUCAUGGCAGCUGGUACGAGGGUGCGUUGGCAGACUGGGGGAACGGCUCUGCGGUCAUGACUCAGAUCAUCGCCUCUAUGACGGCUCAAACCCGUGCGGGCUGGCAGCCCGACCGCACCAUCGUCUUCUGCUCCUGGGGGGGAACCUCACUGGGCAACAUCGGCUCCUUUGAGUGGGGGAAGGAGAAUGCAGUGGUUCUUCAGAGCAGGGCAGUAGCUUAUGUCAGCCUGCACAGCCCCGUCAGAGCCCCUGGAUCCCUGCAGGCCACAGCAUCACCUUCCCUUCAGCAACUGGCAACUGAAACUCAAAAGGAGAAUGCAGUGGUUCUUCAGAGCAGGGCAGUAGCUUAUGUCAGCCUGCACAGCCCCGUCAGAGCCCCUGGAUCCCUGCAGGCCACAGCAUCACCUUCCCUUCAGCAACUGGCAACUGAAACUCAAAAGAGCCUUCGACGCAAUGAGACACAAGAUGCCCUCAUUAGCAUGCUAAUUGAGUGGAAUACCAUCCAAUCAAAGAUGCACGGGGGCUGUUUGAGGUGA